GUCUUUACUCAAAUGUAAAUGUAUGAUAAAAUCAACAGAACAUAAAUGCAAUAGUUCUCUUAAGAAACACCAAUUCCCAACCUACUCACCUCCCAUCAAAUCGAUUACCGCUACACCUCUUCAAUAUCAGAAGUGAGAACUGACUAACUACAUAUUGAACACUAGUUCAAGCUUUACCUCUUUAGCAACAAAUAAAGAUCAUUUCUUUCUAUAUCUCAGACAAAAACUCCAACUAAUUAUACCUCUAAUAUCAAGAAAGUUCAAUCACAUAUUAUAAAAAAUGUGAAUUUACUAACUAACUAUCUAAUCAUCAAACUACACAUUGAACACUAAUUCAAGUAUGACCACUGCAAUUAUGACAGGGAAAAAUAUUUGAAUAAUAAAAGUAUUUAAAUAAAAUCAAUUUCUUCUGCUGUGUCUGUGUCGCCGCCAUCUUAAGUCUUCAUCUCCACAAGCCCUGAUUCCAGCGCAUAAAUACUGAAUAAAUGAAAGUAAAGCAUGUUCCGCAGUUGCCACCCACAGAUUGUUUCAGCCACGCGUUAGGAAAAAGGUAUGACUAUGAAGGUGAAAGGAACGAAAAGGGAAUCUUCAUCCUCCAAUUUGGAUUCCCAGGAACCUAGAAUGGACAUCAAGUCCAUCUUGAAAGAUAUUGAAUUUUUGGGUUCCUCACACAUGACGUGGAAACAGAAAAAGGACUUGGAGAAUAAGAAGGUAGUGUCACUCGGUGGAAAGCCUCCAAAGAAACAGAGGUUACCUCUUAGUGUUGCUAAAGUUUCAAUGAAGAAUCAAAAGGAUAGAGAAGAGAAACUGCUUCAAGAGAGAGCUAUACUUGGAAGGUUUGGAGCCUACAGUAGCAGUAGUUCCAAGAAGGUGCCAGAGAGGAAACCAGCAGAGGACAGAAUUCUGAAGUCGAUGCAAGGCGAUUUCAGAAAGGGGGUUCUCAACGUCGGGCAUCUGUUGAAGCCCUCAGCCCCUGAAGCCUCUAACUACAAGGGCAGGCACCCUACGGGUAAAGGGAAGAAGAAGAAAGAUGGCAAGAAAAGUCAUGGCAAGAGAAAGGGUGGUGGUGGUGGUGGUAAGAGGCGUCACUAGGAAUAUAUCUCGAAGUGACUACUCUUCUUUUAAAUUUCUUCGCCUUUCUGAACCCGGCUAUGACU